AUGGUGCCAUUACAGGGGCCAGUGUCAUUCAAGGAUGUGGCUGUGGACUUCACCCAGGAGGAGUGGCAGAAGCUGGACCCCGAUGAGAAGAUAACAUACAGGGAUGUCAUGCUGGAGAACUACAGCAAUCUAGUUUCUGUGGGAUAUGAUAUUACCAAACCAAAUGUGAUCAUUAAGUUGGAGCAGGGGGAAGAGCCAUGGAUAAUAGAAGGUGAAUUCUCAUGUCAGAGUCAUCCAGAAGUCUUGAAAGUUGAUGACCUGAUAGAGAGAAUCCAAGAAAAUGAAGGCAAACAUUCAAGGCAAUCUAUUUGUAUCAGUAGCAAAACCUUGAUUGAAGAGAGACAGAAUACUUUUGAUAAAACUUAUAUGGAAGCAAGCCUUGUUCCUUCAAGCAUAAUAGCUCAUAAUUGUGUCUCAUGUGGAAAGAAUUUAGAAUCCACUUCAGAAUUAAUUAGUAGUGAUGGAAGCUAUGCCAUAAAAAAGUCCGAUGAGUGUAUUGAAUGUGGGAAAACAUAUCAUGGAGAGAAACCCUAUGAAUUUAAUCAAAAUGUAGAUACCUAUUCUCAAAAUGAAAGUGUUCUUCAGAAAAUUAAUAUUUUGGAGAAACCCUUUGAAUACAAUGAAUGCAUGGAAGCCUUAGACAGUGAAGCUGUUUUCAUUACUCACAAGAGAGCUUACAUGGGGGACAAACCCUAUGAGUGGAAUGAUUCUGGACCAGACUUCAUACAGAUGUCAAAUUUUAAUACAUAUCAGAGAUCACAAAUGGAAAUGAAGCCCUUUGAAUGCAAUGAAUGUGGAAAAUCCUUCUGUAAAAAGUCAAAAUUUAUUAUACAUCAGAGGGCUCACACAGGAGAGAAACCUUAUGAAUGUAACAUAUGUGGGAAAUCCUUCAGUCAAAAGGGAACCCUCACUGUACAUCGGAGAUCACACUUAGAAGAGAAGCCCUAUAAAUGUAAUGAAUGUGGGAAAACCUUUUGCCAGAAGUUACAUCUCACUCAACAUCUGAGAACUCAUUCAGGAGAGAAACCCUAUGAAUGUAACGAAUGUGGGAAAACCUUCUGCCAAAAGACACAUCUCACCCUCCACCAGAGAAAUCAUUCAGGAGAGAGGCCCUAUCCCUGUAAUGAGUGUGGAAAAUCCUUCUCCCGCAAGUCAGCUCUCAGUGACCAUCAGAGAACACACACAGGGGAGAAACUUUAUAAGUGUAAUGAUUGUGGAAAAUCCUACUACCGAAAGUCUACCCUUAUUACACAUCAAAGAACACACACAGGAGAGAAACCGUAUCAAUGUAGUGAAUGUGGAAAAUUCUUUUCCCGGGUGUCAUACCUUACUAUACAUUAUAGGAGUCAUUUAGAAGAGAAACCCUAUGAAUGUAAUGAAUGUGGCAAAACCUUCAAUUUAAAUUCAGCCUUUAUCAGACAUCGGAAAGUACAUACAGAAGAGAAACCCCAUGAAUGUAGUGAAUGUGGAAAGUUCUCUGAAUUGUCAUAUCUCACUGACCACGCAACUCAUUUAGGAGAGAAACCCUACGAAUGUAAUGAAUGUGGGAAAACCUUCCUUGUAAAUUCAGCCUUCAGUGGGCACCAAUCACUUCCAAAAGGGGAGAAAUCCUAUGAAUGUAAUAUAUGUGGAAAAUUAUUCUCUGAGUUGUCAUACUACACUGAACAUUAUAGAAGUCAUUCAGAAGAGAAACCCUAUGGAUGUAAUGAAUGUGGGAAAACCUUCUCCCAUAAUUCAUCCCUAUUUAGACAUCAAAGAGUACACACAGGUGAGAAACCCUAUGAAUGUUAUGAAUGUGGGAAAUUCUUCUCUCAGAAGUCAUAUCUCACUAUACAUCAUCGAAUUCAUUCAGGAGAGAAACCCUAUGAAUGUAGUAAAUGUGGAAAAGUCUUCUCUCGUAUGUCAAACCUCACUGUACACUAUAGAAGCCAUUCAGGAGAGAAACCCUAUGAAUGUAAUGAAUGUGGGAAAGUCUUUUCUCAGAAGUCAUACCUCACCGUACAUUAUAGAACUCAUUCAGGAGAGAAACCUUAUGAAUGUAAUGAAUGUGGGAAAAAAUUUCACCACAGAUCAGCCUUCAAUAGCCAUCAGAGAAUUCAUAGAAGAGGAAAUAUGAAUGUACUUGAUGUGGGAAAUCUCUGA